GCAGCAUUCCAAGUAAAUAGAAAUUCUGGAGAAAAAAGUCACAAUUUUUAUCAUGAAUGGCUUUGCCCAGCUACUUAACUGGUAAUGACCAGUUCAAGGAAAUAUCCCUACUCACCGAGUGGAAAUUUCAAGGGGGAGGGGGAUUUCAAAGCCAUAGGCCUAAAGGAAAGUACAGUAUGAUACCAAACUGGUGGGAUGGGAGGAGGGUUCAAACCAGAAAAUCACAGAAGCCGACAGAACAGAAUUGCCUUCACAUUAUUUCAAUGCCUGGCUUGAAAAAGUGCUGGAAGUCAAGCCUAUAUAAUAUGAUAUCAAACAGGAUUUUUUUCUUCAAUAAUAUUACCUACAUAUAAUUAUUAGAAGCUGAGAUUGAGUAUUUUCCCUUUCUAUGUAAAGGACAAGUGUCUGGUGUCAGCUGGGAUGGUUGCAACAGAAGCUAAUAAAGGCAUGGGGCCUGAUGAGGAAUCAUUUAAUGUGCCUGUUCCUGUCACACAAAAGACUUACCUCUGGUCAGACAAGUACAGACCUAGAAAACCAAGGUUCUUUAACAGAGUGCACACAGGAUAUGAGUGGAAUAAAUACAAUCAGACACAUUAUGAUAGUGACAAUCCACCACCUAAAAUAGUACAAGGAUACAAGUUUAAUAUAUUUUAUCCUGAUCUUAUUGAUAAAACUGAAGCACCAGAAUAUUUUUUGGAACAAAGUCCUGGAGAUUCAAAAGACUUUGCUAUCCUCAGAUUUCAUGCAGGACCCCCUUAUGAGGAUAUUGCCUUCAAGAUUGUCAACCGUGAAUGGGAGUAUUCUCAUCGUCAUGGCUUUCGCUGCCAAUUUCAAAACAAUAUUUUCCAAUUGUGGUUUCAUUUUAAGAGGUAUAGAUAUCGAAGAUAGGUCGGAACCAAUUUGUUGGUAUUGUCUUUUCCUACUAAAUAGUGAGAUGACAGAGGAAAAACAAGACAAUUCUAUUAAGAAAGAGUUGAU